AAGUCCCACACCACUUUGGACGGAUGCCUUCUCACAGAAUAAAACCUUUUUCUGAUGUUACAGAAAAAGGGUUAUCCUUUCCGACUCAAUGCAACAUGAUUUUCAAGACUUUUCUUAGGUAAUUAAUUUCAUUCCAUGGUUGACCUGUCAUGUUAUAAAUGGUGAACUGCCUGGAAAGAAGAUGUUCAUCAAAGAUGGGAGCUUCACAAUCUCAAGCAUAUGAAGAUAACCGUGGCUUCCACGCACAGAACCGCCGAGGUGAUUCCCGGGUGGCAGAGAGUAUAGCAGGAGCAAGGCCUUCUAAUGUCAGAACCACGAGAGCUGAUCAGAAAACAAAGGAAGCUGGGGAGUCCUCUGAGGUCAGAGCCAUUUCGGUUGUGGAGAUAGAUCCAACAAGUCGCGUACCAGUUGUUCAAGGUAAGAAGGAAGAAAUAAAGCUCCCAUUCAACCAGGACGCCAUCUUGAAAAAGGCUGACUCAGAAGAUUAUCGGAGGCCCCAAGUUAAGCUGUCUGCUGCUCAGCUUCAAGCUGGAGUUCUGUUAAGCGGAAAGAGAAAGAAGUACUGGGUUGAUCAGAAAUCAAACAAGAACUGCUACAUGUUGUUUGCAAAAGAUCUUGCAAUCACUUGGGCUGAAGACAAAAGAUAUUGGAAAUGGCGAGAAGAUACUAGUGAUGUGACCAUUCCUGUAGCCGUGCUGAUGAAUGUGUGUUGGCUAGAAGUGCACGGAAAAUUCAACACUGCAAAGCUCUCACCGGAAACCUUGUAUAAGGUAGCAUUUGUUGUUAUGUUGGAAGAUCCGGCUUGUGGAUGGGAAGUUCCAGUGAACAUCAAGCUCACUCUUCCAAAUGGGAGCAAGCAAGAACACAAGGAGGAUUUAAUAGCAAAACCAAGAGGGCAGUGGAUAGAGAUCCCUGUUGGUGAGUUUAAGACCCCACCAACAAAUGCUGGAAAAAUAGAGUUCUCUAUGUAUGAAUAUGAAGGUGGGAACUGGAAGACGGGACUCGUUAUCAAAGGUGCCAUCAUCCAGCCAAAGAAUUAAGCACUAGGUAUCCUUCAAAUAAAUCUAGAAGGAGAAUUGCGUGAUAUUUCUAAUGAAGAAAACAUAAUCAGAGUAAAGAGUAUUUCAUGUUUCUCCAACUUUUUCAGCAUGGACAAAAAUGAAAACUGAAAGGCAGAUUGAAAACAAGGAGCACCUUAAUUUUGCUGUUUUAGCUUUCUUAGGGUAGCUAAUAUCUUCUAUGGUGCAGAUUCGCAUACUGAUCCAUAUCAGUUCAUUAAUAAACAACAAUACGGGAA